GUCAGUCUGUUUGGGUCAGUCCGACUUCGGGAUCGGUCCCGCAGCCUACGUCGAUCGUCUGCGGAUUCGUCUGAACUUGUCGUUCGUUAACCGGAAAACGCGAGUUGCUGUUAAUUUCAUUAUUUCUUUGUGUUUUAGUGUGAAUGUUAUGGAAUCUUUGGAUAAUCGUGGAUUGCUAUUCCAGGAAUUGAAGUGAGGUUUUCGCGAGGUUUUAUUGGUUCUUUUUUGUUCAUUUGAUAUAAUGUGAAUCCAUCAAUCAAGCAACCAUGGGUAACUCCUGCUGCUGCUGUGGCAGCAAUCGUUCUCCACCAGAACGUAUGAAUUUUACUGGCAUGAAGGUGGCAACGACGGAGUCGAAUCAUAGGAAUAUAAGCAACGAUAGAUACGCACCUGAUCCACAACGCGUUGAUAUUAUCAGAAAUCGAUCAACGCCCAACAGGCCGGCAGUAGGACUUGCCAAAGGCAAAAUCGUCGUUGGUUUGUACAACUACGAAACUCGAGAUAACACAGAUGUGUCCUUCAAGAAGGGGGACCGUAUGGAGGUCAUCGACGAUUCUGAAGGGGAUUGGUUUAUGGUCCUCCACCUUCUCACCAAGGAAAAAGGAUACAUCCCUAGUAACUACGUUGCUGGGGAGAUGAGCGUGGAGAGUGAAGACUGGUUCUUCGAAAAUAUAUCAAGAAAAGAAGCGGAAAAACUUCUGUUGGCUGACGAAAAUCCAAGGGGAACAUUUUUGGUCCGUCCUUCAGAACACAACCCUAAUGGAUACUCAUUAUCAGUAAAAGAUUGGGAAGAAUACAGGGGUCAUCACAUAAAACAUUAUAAAAUAAAACCACUGGAUAAUGGAGGUUUUUAUAUAUCGACCAAUAAAACUUUCGAUACUCUUUCAGAACUAGUUAACUCAUAUACAAGAAACGCAUUUGGAUUAUGCCAUGUCUUAUCCAAAUCUUGCCCGAAGCCAGAGCCUACUAUGUGGGAUCUUGGGCCGACAUAUCGUGAUAAAUGGGAAAUACCAAGAAAUGAAAUCGAACUGUUGAAACGUCUGGGCCGAGGGAACUUUGGCGAAGUUUAUUAUGGAAAAUGGAAGAACAAUACCGAGGUAGCAGUUAAAACGUUACGGGAAGGCACAAUGUCAACACAAGCAUUUUUGGAAGAAGCAGCGAUAAUGAAAAAGUUCAGGCAUAAACGUCUAGUGCAACUUUAUGGUGUGUGUAGUGAAAAAGAACCUAUUUUCAUUGUUCAAGAAUACAUGUCCAAAGGUAGUUUGCUAGAUUUCUUGAGAGAAGAAAAAGGUAGAAAAGAGAGAGAAGAAAAGGAAUUAGUAGGUUUUGACGAAUUGAUUUACAUAGCUUUCCAAAUAGCUAGUGGUAUGGAAUAUUUAGAAACUAAACAAUUAAUUCAUCGUGAUUUAGCUGCAAGAAAUGUUCUCAUCGGAGAGAAUAAUAUUGCGAAAAUUUGUGAUUUUGGUUUGGCCAGGGUAAUUGAGGAUAAUGAAUAUUGCCCCAAGCAAGGAUCGCGAUUCCCUGUCAAAUGGACUGCCCCAGAAGCUAUAGUUUAUGGUAAAUUUUCAAUCAAAUCAGAUGUAUGGUCGUAUGGAAUUCUACUAAUGGAAUUGUUUACAUAUGGACAAAUUCCUUAUCCAGGAAUGCACGGUAGAGAAGUUAUCGAAAUGGUUGAAAAGGGCUACAGAAUGCCUAAACCUCCAUAUCAAGUACUCCCUGAUGAUAUUUACCAAAUAAUGUUGAAUUGCUGGGACGCUCGUCCUGAGAAUAGACCCACGUUCGAAUUUUUGACUCACUACUUCGAAACUUUCAAUGUGACUUCAGAAGUACCCUAUAGAGAAGUUCCAGACUAACAAUUGAAAUAAAUUCAGGAUUAUGUUUUAAAUCACUUAUUCAGUUUUUUGAUAUAAGAUCUCAUACUCUGAUUUAUAGAGAGCUUUCAACGUUACAUUACUUUUUGGCAUGAACAAUAGUUAGUGUGUUUUCUGUUGCCGGCAAAUAUUUUUAUACAAUUGGUGUUCAGAAAAAAAAAAAAGAGUUAGAGUAGGUAUUGAAGACUUUUAAUCUAACAUUGGAAAUGUGUAUAUUUCACUCUUUUUUCCAUUGCAAGCAUUCAAGAUUAACAAAUUGUCGUCAACAUCAAAUCUUUGAAUAUUUAAAUAGAAAGAGCUACCUACUGUAACUCAUAAUUUUCACGCUCAAUAAUUUAUGUACCAUUAGAAAAUCUCGAACUGCAUUUUCUUGAAUACUCUUCAAGUUGUCUCUCAUCACCUGAGCUGUUGAAUUAUGUUGAAUGAAUUUAUAUUUUUAGAACAUUUGAAAAGAUUGAAUCAACUAAGAGCUGGUUGUAUGAGCAUUUCAAAUUGUUCACUGUUUGCCUACAUCACAUUUCAAAUUGUCUUUUUAUCAAUAUUGAAAUUAUGUCAGUGAAUUCAAAUUACCAUUUUAUUAUUUUUUACUUCUACUUGAAAAGGUGCUGAUAGAAUAUUUCUAUUGUGAUGUUCUGAUCUACAACCAACUCUUUAAAUGUUCAAAUAUUCAACUCGAAUGAAAAAAUGAAAAUACAAUCUAAAUUUUCCAGAUUUCAUUUGAUUUUUAAUCAAACUAGCCCAAGGUGAAAUUAAAACAAAAAAAUAUUGUAGGUUAAUUUAAAAUGCCAUGAGAAGUGUACAGUGCAAAUGACAUACGACAAGUGACCUAUAAUAUUAAAUUUAUCUUUUAUACAAAAACUUUUGUACGAACUAUAAAUUAUACUAUCUGGCAAGGACCAAAAAGUAAUUUGCUCUAUGCUAACCACUUAGUUCCUAAUUUCUUAAAAUAAUUGUAAAAUUAUUUAUCCCUAUCCGCCCACAUAUAAAGUAUUUACCAUAAACAUCAUACCCUCUGCUUGAGUUUAUCGAACAAUUUCAUACUGGAGAUACCUAAUGAUUAUUGAACUGUUUAAUAAUUUUUAAUUCCAAUUUGCAUGUUUGUGUGCUUGAUGAAUGUGUGUACGUUUUAAAGUAUCAAUUAUCUUUUUUUAUUUGAUGUCACAUGACUUGUUUGAACUCAACUAAGAACUGUGUUGAAAAAACGACAAUCCAUGAUAAGGUUUGCUUAGUUUGAUUAGCUCCCAAAUAAAUGAUGAAAAAAUAUUGUGUAUAUUUGAUGUUUUACUGAGGUGAUAAUGUGCUUUUGUGUAUACUACAAUUGUUUCAAUAUAUAUAUUUCUUUAGUCUAAAUGUUUGUUAGUCUUUUUAUAUAUAAUAAAUAGAAAAUGAGUCAAACCUUAUUUUUUUCACGGUUUGAAUACAGCCAUAUAUGAUUUUUUGAAUGAGAGUCUUGUAAAUACAUACAUGAUAAAAAAUAGAAAUAAAAUGUGCUACUCAAUCGAU